UACAAGAACAUUGCCAAUAUGAAAACUUUUAUCGUAAUCGCUGCCUGCCUAGUUUUGGCUCAGGCCCUAACAGACGAACAAAAAGAGAAACUAAAGAAACAUCGCUCGGAAUGUCUCGCUGAGACCAAGGUGGAUGAACAGCUGGUCAACAAACUGAAGACUGGUGACUACAAGACAGAAAACGAGCCAUUGAAGAAGUAUGCUCUGUGUAUGCUGGUGAAGUCUGAGCUGAUGACGAAGGACGGCAAGUUCAAGAAGGAUGUAGCCCUCGCCAAGGUUCCUAACCCAGCUGACAAAACCAACGUGGAGAAGCUGAUAGACGCCUGCUUAGCCAACAAAGGCAACAACCCGGCCCAGACAGCGUGGAACUACGUCAAAUGCUACCACGAGAAGGACCCGAAACACGCAAUCUUCCUAUAAACCAAUUGGACCCACAAAAUGGACCCAUCAAACAAUUGAACCCAUCAACUUGACCGAUCAAUCAAUUGAAUUUAAUUUGAACUAUUUGAAUUAAUACAUCAAAUGGAAUUUGGUAAUUUUUAAAUUUGGAACAGAAUGUUCGAUAUAAUUUUUAACAUGUUUAUUUUUUUUAUGUUCAUUUUAUUAAUUUUUCUCAGUUGUCAUAAAUCUAUUUUGAGAUUAGCGAAGUUUGUCGUCUGAUUUUUUUUUAAAGUUGAGAUUAUUUUUAUGUGAAAGCGUAAUACAGGGUGUAGAAACAAAUGUUUGGUAAAUACUUAGUUUUAAACAGUACUGCCGGAACGAAUUUAAGUAGU